CGCAGUUUCUUUCCCCCCUUCUUCUGAGAGUUAUUAUGUGAAGACAUCGUUCUCGGCAAUUCCGGCCUUUGAGACAUGUUAUUGGCUCCCUGCUGUGCUUUCUUGGACCCUCGUCGCGAGUUCUUGGGUACUCCAGUUUAGGGGACAUGGCUCGUUUCAGAUUAUUAGAGGGAUUUGGUUGUUUCUUUGACGGAGAGCUCAGCUUUUUAUUGCUAUGUUAGCAAAUUACUACUGGAAAUAAGUUCCUGAUCUUUUGCUGAUAUUCUUUUUCUAGUGGAUGUCGAUGCACUUUCCAAGUGGAUGGCGUGGGCCCUUCAGCUCUAUAUAUUUUCUAGUUUUGUCAUGGUGUGAAAUAAAUAAUACAGGCACGCUUAGAUAAUUCGAGCCAAUUGUAUCUAGUUUGACUUUGAUGUCACCAGUCCCAUUCCUAGGUUGGAUAGUAAUUGUUCCAAAAGAACAUGAGUAUUGGGCAAAUACUAUAAGCCGAAGCCAAUAAUUUUUUGAGGGAGCCCUUCCCCCCACCAAAGGGAAAUUUGAGGACACAAUGGCAGACCAGUUAGGGUGUACUAUGAGAUCCCAUGGAAUGAUACUGGCAAGAUUGCACAUGUAUGACUGGAUAAUACUUCUGCUCCUUGCUGUCAUAGACGGACUGUUGAAUAUAAUUGAACCUUUUCACCGUUUUGUUGGGAAAGACAUGAUGACUGACUUGAGAUAUCCUUUGAAGGGCAAUACAGUGCCCUUUUGGGCUGUUCCAAUAUUUGGAAUUAUACUACCUUGGGCCAUAUUUUUUGGAAUUUACUUCAAAAAGAAGAAUUUUUAUGAUUUGCACCAUGGCAUACUGGGGAUUCUAUACUCGGUGCUUAUAACUGCAGUGAUUACUGAUGCAAUUAAGGAUGGUGUUGGCCGCCCACGUCCAGAUUUUUUCUGGCGCUGUUUUCCUGAUGGAAACGAUGUUUAUGAUAACAUUACUACUGGUGUUAUAUGCCAUGGAGAGAAGAGUGUAAUCAAGGAAGGUCACAAAAGCUUCCCAAGUGGACACAGUUCAUGGUCUUUUGCUGGCCUUGGCUUCCUUGCAUGGUACCUAGCUGGGAAAAUCACUGCUUUUGAUCGCAAAGGACAUGUUGCAAAGCUAUGCAUAGUGUUUCUGCCUCUUCUUACUGCUUCACUUGUGGCUGUUUCUCGAGUGGAUGACUACUGGCAUCACUGGCAAGAUGUUUUUGCUGGCGCUAUUAUAGGCCUUACAGUUGCUUCGUUUUGUUAUCUGCAAUUUUUCCCAUAUCCUUUUGAUGCUGAUGCUUUCUGGCCUCAUGCAUACAUGGUGCAGCUAGCUGAAGAACGCAACAGCAGAAAUGCAAACUCCUACAGUGCGAGACCAACCGAGAUCGAAACAGUCAAUAUUCCUGGCCAGGGCGGAAUCACCCUAAGAGACACUCUCAACGACGUGGAGUCUGGAAGGAGUUCGUGAGAUCCCAGUUCUGGAGUGGAGCUGUCUUGAAUACCCUGACUUCCGACUGAGAUUUGUCUGCAUGAGAAGCUCUGUGGGAGCUGCUUCCAUAUACACAGGUAGAUCUAUUGUAGAGCUGUAGACUGCUUCCUUCGUAUCAAUCUUCUCGUUCUGUGGUCUGUUUUUUGUUAACUGGAUAGCUAGUUUCUUAAGGCCUGGCUGUAAAAAUCACUUGGUAGGGGGUGUUCUUACUUUCUGACGGGCUUUUGCUUUUGUUUAUACUCAUGGUGUUGUGGUUAAAGCUUGUUGGUGUACACUCUUUGUACUGAUGCUUUAUCGCCGUGUUAAGCGUAUGCGAUCAAACGUGCAGGAAAAAUGCAGUUUCACAUUUAAAUUAUUA